AGUAACACCUUUGCUGAGCCAGCAUCCGUUGGCCGCGGGGGUAGUCACACCUGAGGUCGAGGUGCUACAACCCACACAGCGUGGCUCUAUUGACCGUGGACAAAGCCUUUGUCCUAUACAAAGGGGGGAGGCGUUGGAGACCAUUGAGAGAGCUGGUGAGAACCAGACAACAGACGGAUUUUUACAUCUGAGAGAGGUGUUAACCCCCCAUGACAACAAUGUGCUGAAUACGACCCCCUGCAUUCAUCAAAGCCCCGCAGCAGAGAGAACCCUUGCCGGAGUAGAAGAACAAGAACAAGAACGAGGAGGAUCUGAAGACCUACUUCUAUCAGAAGCAUCGCAUGUAUUGUUCCCUCCGAAUCAGGACGCAUGGCUGUGGGAUUACGAUAAUAACGUAGGUGAUUUAAACUGUUGUGACACCCUACUUGAAUACAUCUGUAGACUGGAGAGUGACAGCAUUGCAAGCGCCUGUAUGCCAGACACACCCACCCUACAUAAACAACCUGAAUCAUUCAGACCCACUGUAACUGCGACAGAUAAACGCUGUGACAAAGCUGAAAACGCCUGUAUUGACCCCGUAAAUAGAUUAGAUGUUGAUAGUGAGACCCUACUUGAAUACAUCUGUAAUCUGGAGAGUGAGAGCAUUGAAAACGCCUGUAUCGACCCCGUAAAUAGAUUAGAUGUGAAUAAUCAAGCAGAGCGUAGUUAUAUCACUAAGAAUCUUUUUGAGCCGUGUGUAGCCGUAGGAGUGUCCGAGCAACCCACAGUGCUUCAAGGGGAGUCAUUUUUCAACUAUUGCGCCGAAACUUCACUCCGUCAGUCUUCGUCAGAUGCGCGUUAUGAACAACUAGAAUCCAAAAUAGAUAGACUUAUAAAUAAUGUAGAGGCAUUGCAAACUGAUAGUAGACAAGUGCAAGUGACCGUGCAACCCGCGGUGCUUCAGGGUGAAUCAUCUUCCAAGUGUUGCGCUGAAACUUCACUCCGUCAGUGAUAUCAAUAUUUCAAAAAACCAUGACAAAGAAGUAAUAAAUCAGUCAGCAAAGUGUGUAAAAUAUAUAAAAAGAUAAAUAAAAACAGAUUUAAUACAAAAUGGCCCCACCUUGCAAAAAAACAAAAAAAAUCGGAGCAAAUGCAAGGGUGUGUGAUGAGACUAGCGAUGAAGAUGCAGAUUUGGUGUGUGAGGAAGACUAUAUCCGGGCAGGGUGUAAUCAUGAUGCGUAUAUACAACUGUGUGAGAAACAGAGAAAAAUAUUUGAUGCUAUGCUGAGUGAGUUAAGUAGCGAUAACUCUAGUAUGGCAGCAAUACAAGAACCAGUCAUUCUUGACACUUCCCCGCUGUCAAUUCCGAAUAAAACACCAGAAUAUUCAUGUAAUAUUCGACCCAACGUUGUCGAAGCCCCCGCAAGCGUAUAUCAAGAAUGCUCUAGACCACCCUGUUUUGAGAGGGGUCGCUCGUCCAAACGCAUCCGUACAGAGAACUGUAUCGAACCUCAGCCGUCGACAAGUGCAUACGUGGUACCUCCAAAAAAUCCUCAGGUGACAGUACAGUGUGGAGAGGGCAGAGUAUCCAGUGCUGUAUCUACAGCAGUGUCCAGAGAGAUUCCUUUUUUUAAUGCAACAGAGUUUCGCCAAGAUGUUGAUCUGCGAAAUAUUGACUUAUCCAAUAUUGAUAGCGUACCAGAACAAAUACACAGUACUCUAACAGGGUUAAUUGACAGGGCCUUAGACACUGCAACACAGGACAGUGUUUUAAAUGUAGAGUUGAGGGGUGCCGCUUUAGCUGCCCCCAUCCAAACAGUGUUGACCUCAAACGAUGAAUAUAGUGCAGACACAUUUCUGGAAGAAAUUGCAAACGCCAUGCAAAGUAACGACACCUCAUUGACCGAUGACCGUUUAGAAUUCAUUGUGACAAUAGCACGCAAUAUGUCAGGUGGGAGUGGUCGGCGAAAACUGGGGAGUGUAUGCUACGAUGAAAUACUCUCUGCAAAAGGUAACGCGCUAUAUAACCCAAUGAAUAGAGAUGACAAUGAGAAUCUAUGUUUUGCUCUCUGUCUGGCUCAUUACGUAGACUCGAGGAUGACUGAAAGUGAGAAGAUAGAUUAUGCAAAGCAGCUACAUAGGGAUGUGGGGCUUGAAUGUACGCAUAAGGUAUCGUUCUCCGAUGUUGACAGAUUUCAGAAACAUUUGAAUAUGAAAAUUGUAAUAUUUCAUCAUGCGGCCGGUCGUAAAAAACCAGAGAUCUUCAAAACACAUGAUGAACAGCAUGUGAAAACAGCAUUGUUGUAUCUACAUAGCGAUCAUUUCUAUCUCAUUGUAAACAAAACUUCCUUUUUUGGAGCUAAGUACGUGUGCGAUGCGUGCUACAAAACCUACGACAACCCCUUGGACCACAGCUGUAGUCUGAGGUGUAAUGUCUGUCUCACACCUUGUACACCGGGGAAAACUAUUAGGUGUGGCGACUGUAAACGCAUAUGCAAGUCGAAACAAUGCUUUGACAGGCAUAAAGUACCCGGUGUGAAACAUCGUCUUAUACCGUGCGACAGACUCAAAUAUUGCGAUGCAUGUCACCUGACUUACCGCGCAACGAAAAAAAAACCACACGUCUGUAGACUGCCGAAAUGCCCCCAUUGUGGAGAACAUGUAGUUGACGCAACGCAUGAAUGCUAUAUACAGCCUGUCCAAAUCGCAGAAAGUAGCGAUAAGUACAUCUUUUAUGAUUUCGAGACAAGAUACCAUGAGGGUCGUCAUGAGGCCAAUUUUGUAUGUGCUAUGGACAUGAAAGGCGAAAAAAACUGCUUUGAAACGACAAAAUGUGUGGGGUUAUUUGUCAAUUAUUACAGAAAGAAGAAAUAUAAAGGUUACACCUUUAUCGCUCACAAUGCAUCAGGUUUUGACAGCUACAUUGUGCUAGAAUAUUUGGUGAACCAGCGUGUCUGCCCUACCCUUACCAUGCGAGGAUCGAGGGUUCUUCUGAUCAAUGAUUACGCGUUCAAUCAACGGUGGAUAGACUCGUUCAGUUUUCUCCCCAUGUCUUUAGCUAAAACCCCCUCAGCCAUGGGCUUCUCCGACAUGCUAAAGGGUUUCUUCCCCCACGCCUUCAACACCCGAGAGAAUGAGAAAUACAUAGGUCCGUACCCCGAACCAGCUCUCUAUGGCUUCGACACGAUGACUGAGACGUCUAAGAAAUCAUUCUUGGAGUGGAACGACACGGUUAAGCACACACAGUUCAACCUUCGUACUGAGUUGGCACGCUAUUGCAUUAACGAUGUGGCUGUCUUGCUUAAGGCAUGUCAGAUGUACAGAGACGCGUUCAAUGAGUGUACAGGCCUGGACCCCUUUACAUUUACGACGCUAGCUGCAUCGUGCAUGGGUGUGUUUAAAUCGUUAUUCAUCCCCAAAGACACAGUGGCACUAACCUAUGAGGGAGCGUACGUUAGGCAAAACAAGGCGUAUUCAGACAUCUCAAUACAGUGGCUUCAAUAUGUAGCACACAAAGACAACAUCAGCAUCCAACACGCUCUUAACAGAGGUGAAAAGGCCUUUGGCCCCUUCUUUGUCGACGGGUACUGCGCUGCCACAAACACUUGUUAUGAGUUUAACGGUUGCUUCUUCCACGGCUGUAAUAAGUGCUAUGGUCAGGCCGAAAUCAACCCUAUCACAAGAGAAAAAAAAACACAUGGCGAGUUACUCAGAGAGUUCCGUGACAGAGUGUCAACGCUAGAGACUGUUUAUGGGGUGACGGUUGUUGUGAUGUGGGAAUGUGAGUGGAAAAGUCAGCUGUGCAAUGAUCCAGACGUUAAGGCUUUCAUAUCGACAUAUGAAAAGCCAGAGCGUCUCAAUCCUCGUGAAGCUCUCUUUGGCGGUCGCACGAACGCAAUAAAGCUGUAUCACAAGGCAGAAGGUGAUGAGAAAAUCAGAUACUAUGACUUUACAAGUCUGUACCCCACUGUCCAAGCAAAACGAGACUACCCCAUCGGUCACCCUCAAAUAAUCCACAGUGAUUUUGACGACAUAAAAACAUACUUUGGUAUUGUGAAAUGUACUGUGGCUCCCCCUAGAGGACUGUAUCACCCAGUUCUCCCCUAUCGUAGUCACGGUAAGCUGAUGUUCCCUCUGUGUGGUACCUGUGCCGAUCAGUUGAAUCAGACAGGCCGCUGUGACCACACUGACCGUGAGAGACAGAUGUCUGGAGUGUGGGUGUCGUUUGAAUUACUGAAAGCACUGGAGAAAGGCUAUAUACUAGUCAACAUCGUAGAGGUAUGGCAUUUUCCAGAAAAAUCUGAUCAGCUUUUUAAAGGCUAUGUUAAGACAUUCCUCAAGCGGAAGCAGGAGUCUUCCGGAUAUCCAGGGCAUAUACAGACGGAAGAUGAGAAAGAAAAGUACAUAGAAGACUACUAUGUCCAAGAAGGCAUACGUCUUGACCCUGACAAAAUAACCGUUAACAAGGCAGUCAGAAGCAUUCAAAAACUUUUGCUUAACAGCCUCUGGGGUCGCUUUGCGAUGCGUAACAACAUGAUGUCUGCGGAGGUCAUAACAGACCCAGAACGCUUCACACAACUCAUGUUCAGCGAUGCUAUUGACGUUCGUCACUUCUCAUUUAUUUCACCAGAGGUCGCUAUUGUUCAGUGGCGUCAUACAGAGAGUCAAGCCUCCAGAGUGAAAGAUGUGAAUGUUUUUAUUGGUGCUAUGACUAGUGCCUACGCGCGCAUGGAGUUAUAUGACUUGCUGGAUAAGCUGCAAGACAGAAUUCUCUACUGUGACACUGACAGCAUCAUCUUCACAACCAGAAAAGAUGAAUGGGUACCCCCUCUGGGGCCAUAUCUAGGCAUGUUGACAGACGAACUGAACCAUGCACAGGUAUGUGGGGCUCCUACAGAGGACUAUAUAACAGAGUUUGUUUCUGGGGGGCCGAAAUGCUAUGCUUAUCGAACAGCUCAAGGACGUACCCAGGUAAAGUGCAAAGGCGUGACUCUCAAUUCAAAAAACGCCCAAGUGGUUACACAUGAGUCGUUAAUAGGUCUGGUACAGGCAUUUGUGACCAAUCGUCAUUCCACAGAGCAUCUGAUGACUAAUGCAUUCACCAUAAAACGCGACAAAAAACAGUUUCAUCUCAAGAACGACACUGUAGCCAAGAAAGUGAGGGUCGUUUACGAUAAACGGCUUGUGCUCAGCGACUACACAACCCUCCCCUAUGGCUACUAA